CUACUUCAGAUUCUGUCUCCCUCUCUCUCUGCCCCUCCCUUGCUUGUGUUUUCUCUCUCAAAAAUAAAUCAAUGAACUUAAAAAAAAUUGUUUUUAAUGUUAAAAAAAAAAUAAGAAUAGAGAAGAGGAAGCUAGUUUGUGACAAAGCUGGGUGUGGGUGUCAACUUCUAGUCUCCUCUCCAGUGAUAAUGAGUCAACCCUUUCUGGUUGCCAAAAGGUUGUUGACUGACAAUUGAGUUCCUUUUGGCAGAUAAAGGGAGUUCAAAGACAACCGCUCCCUGCAUUGGCUGUUUUUCAAGAGCCUUCAGCUUAAGAUAAUAUAUCAAAGCAGUUAACCAUUUGUUUUCUUUCCUUUCCUUUGUUCUUGGGGAGCCAGGAGUGCCUGAGGAACUUCACACACAUCCCAUCUGGGGUGGGGAGAGUGUGCUAGCUUGUACUUUGCCCUCAGCCUGACUUAUGCUCCUUCAUCAUCUGACACAAGGAGAAAACUGCUGUCCACAAGCUGGGAAAAGGAUCCUCAUUAGACACAGGACCUGUCGGUGUUUCGAUCUUGGGCUCUCCAGCGUCCAGAACGGUGAGCUAUAAAGCUCUAUUUUGAAUACGUACAGAACUCUCCCGCGGUACACCUUACUUCUGCCGGAUUUCAGCAGGGCCACCGGGUGUGACGACUUUGGAAAGUGGCCCACAGCUACUUCUUGCUGAUUACCCUCCAAGGCGUGGACAUCAGCAAUGUUGCUGGCAUACCACGCUGCACAUUUACUUUUGUCAAUGCUGCCGCCGGUACAAACCUGGAAGACGCUGGACCAUACUCACUCUCUCUGCCUUGACCUCACCGUCAAAUCUCAGUCUGGACCCGGACACCCUUGGUAUGAAGUGCAGGCCUCAGUGGACAAAAAGCCUGUCUUUCAGUAUGACAGUGACAGCAGCAAGAUGAAACCUUUGGGUCUCCUGGGGGCGAAAGUAAAUGCCACCAAAGCAUGGACAGAAUUGACCCAGACGCUGGGAGAGGUGGGGCGAGCGCUCAGGAUGAUCAUGUCUGACAUCAAACUGGAGAACAGCGUGACCAGGGGUCCCCCCACCCUGCACAUCCAGCUGUCUUGUCAGUGUGAAGCAGAACGAGGCACCGCUGCGUCCUGGCACUUCAACAUCAACGGGCAGCCAGCCCUCCUCUUUGACGCGAUGAACAUGACCUGGACAGUCACGAGUCCUGGAGCCAGAGGCGUCAAGGAGGAGUGGGAGAACAAGGGACUGGCAGACUAUUUCAGGAGGAUCUCAAUGGGAGACUGCCGUCACUGGCUUAGGGAAUUCUUAGAACACUGGGAGAAAGUGCUGGAGCCCCCAGUACCACCCAAAAAGGUCCCAGAUGCUGACCGGCCUUUACCGUGUCAUCAGUUGCAUGCAUCAUCCUAGGAGUGAUUGUCAUCAGCUCAGUCAUCACUGUCAUCUGCUGCAGCAUCUCAAGAAAAUUGGCCCAGAGAAGCCCAAAGAAGCCCAAAGAAGCCCUUUACCAGGAAGCAAGGCUCAGCUCUCCAGCGCUCCUUAGCGUCUGACCACGGCUGCCUCGCUGUUCUUUCGUUCUCACUCUGGCAGCAAACAGAGAACAUGAAGAGAUUCAGGGGAGCCUGGGUGGCUCUGUUGAUUGGGCAUUCGACUCUUGAUUUUGGCUCAGAUCAUGAUCUCAAGGUUUGCGAGAUCGAGGUCCAUGUGCAGCUUCACGCUGACAGUAGGAAGUCCUAACGUUUCUUCAUGCUCAUCAACCAUUUCAAGAAUUUGUGGAUUUCAGGAUAAAAUCUCUUCCUAAUGCCCCUUCCCAGGUAAAGCCUCUUUUUGCUCAUGGUCCAUCCUAAACGUGGGCACAGCUGCCUCUUCCCGCUGGAGGAUGUAUUCAAGAACGUUCAUGAUAGCUUGAUUCAUAAGAGCCCCCGGAAUAUGAAACAACAAAUGCCCAUCAGGAGAUGAAUGGAUGAGUGAGUUAUAGUACUGUGCAACUGGAUAUCUACUGUAUUUAAAAGAAAAAAACUGGGGCGCCUGGGUGGCUCAGUCGGUUGAGCGGCCGACUUCGGCUCAGGUCAUGACCUCACGGUCUGUGAGUUCGAGCCCUGCGUCGGGCUCUGUGCUGACCGCUCAGAGCCUGAA